GAAUAUUCUAUAGUAACUUAGUGUUAAGUCUCGUCUCUUAGGGUAGCGUCAGAGACGACACUCUGAUUUUCACGGCAAUUUCCACUCAUCUAUGCAUAGCGCAACUUGCAGUUUCAUUGUAAAUUCAGGUAUCAGUUGCACGGCGUCCAUCAGGUGUGGCAUACGUAAAAACGCACGCCGUCUGUCACUUUUUCGCGCAUUUUUUUCAAUUCAUUAUGGAGGUGGGUGUACGGAUAAUAGGUAUCAUCCUACGAGUUCUACACUUCUUGCUAGGACCGUUGUUCUGGAUGCGCGCGCGCAACACCAAACAAGUGCCGCCGAUACGGGAUCCCAUAUUACUUAGGAGUGCGACUGAUUUGGCGGCUGCAAUACGAAACGGAGAACUAACAAGCGAAAGAGUAACGCAAGCUUUCAUAACCCGAAUAGAAGAAGUGAAUCUUCUCUUGAAUGCGGUGGUAGAAGAUAGAUGUAAGGACGCGUUACACGAAGCGAGAGAGUGUGAUAGAAAGAUUGCUGUGGCGAAAGAAGAUGGCUCGAUACAUCAACUGUUUGCGGGUAGACCCCUUUUAGGAGUACCCUUCACGGUUAAGGAGAGUUGCUCUUUGGAAGGUCUAUCAAAUUCAGUGGGAUGCUUAGAGUUGGCCGGUCGACGAGCGACGAAGGACGGUGCAGCGGUUUACUUAAUGAAGAAGGCUGGUGGCAUUCCUCUGCUAGUCUCCAACACCCCUGAACUGUGUUUGGGAUGGGAAACCACGAACUUGUUAACUGGAACGACCAAUAACCCGUAUUGCUUGAAUAGGACGCCUGGAGGCUCUUCGGGAGGUGAGGCAGCAUUACUUGCCUGUGGGGCGUCUCCAAUCAGCGUGUCUUCAGACAUCGCGGGCUCCAUCAGAAUACCAGCUGCCUUUUGUGGGGUCUUCGGACACAAACCUAGUCCUGGAAUAAUACCGAUAGAGGGACAUAUACCCACUCUAAACGACGAGAACUACAGCAGGUACUUGGUAGUGGGGCCCAUGAGCAGACAUGCUGAGGAUCUGACUCUGCUCAUGCGAGUCAUGGGUGACGGGCAAUGCGAGCAGCUCAUGCUCGACGACGAAGUAGAUGUUAGGAAACUACAAGUGUACUACGUGACGGAAGCCAGCAGUUCCGCAGCACUGAUUCCAGUAGAAGCAGAACUGCAGCAGGCCGUCACUCAAGCCGCUCAUUACCUCCAGAGCCGCGGGGCUGCGGUCUCCAAGCAUUACUUGAAAGACCUGGAGGACUCGGUAGAGAUGUCGGUGUCGGUCUUCUUCUCGAUGAAGGACAUCCCCAACAUGCUCCAGGAUCCAGUUAAUCCGAAGCAAGACAAAAGCCUCUUCAUGGAGUUAAUAAAAAACAUCUUGGGCAUCGGAGUGAGAUCUCUGCAAGCUCUCGGCUUCACGCUCAUACAUCGGACUAAUUUGUUUAUUCCCGAGCAUCGAACCGUCCACUACCGGGAGAAGACUGAACGGCUGAGGCAACACUUGGAGCGCCUGUUGGGUUCGAACGGCGUCCUGUUAUCGCCAGCGCACAGCAGCCGGGCGCACGUGCACGGAGAAGUGUUCGUUCGCACGUCGGGCGUGGCUUACACUAUGCUGUGGAACGUAGCCGGCUUACCCGCCACCGCCGUGCCGAUCCACGUGCGAGGACUGCCCGUAGCCCUGCAGGUAAUCGCAGCACCCAAUCAAGACAGGUUGUGUUUAGCCGUGGCCAGAGAGCUGGAGAGAGGCUUCGGAGGUUGGAAGUUUCCUACUGUUUAAUAUUUAAAUUAAAAUAUACUCUUUUUUACUUGAUUUAAGGUUAGUAUUCAAAUUUGAUUUCAGCGACAUCUGUUGAUUGUGAGAUAUUAUUUGCAUUUCAUUAUUGCUAUUUUUUACUCUUUUGCUCAUUAUCUGGGGCACGCAUAGACAAUAUUCAGUUCACCGGAGAUAGAACGAAAACUACGACAAUUAAAGUCAUAAACACGAAAAGAAAAAUAUUUUUUGGAAUAAACACUGUACUAUAUUAUUUGUUCUGUGUUGAUUAUUUAUCGAACAUAAGUAAUUAUCAAAUACAAAUCAUAUCAAGACAAACUAAUGUCGAGAUCUCUAUUUUUACUAUAUGACUCAUUAUAUAAAAAAAAAGUUUUAUAUUUCUACAUCAUCAUAUAAUAAUAAAAAAAGACAAUUCCUCUAUUUUUUAACAAUAAAAUAUUUUAAUUGUGUUUUUAUUGAUAUAAGAAGCCCUCCUUAGUCCUAAAGCUUGCUUAUAUUAUCAUAGAAUAUAAAAACUUAAAAAUAAUAUGAUUACUGGUUCUGUACAUAAUUAUUUUUUGUACAGAGACAAGCUUAUUUAAGCUGUUAUAUAAUGUUACUUAAUUUAUGUUCUAUUUAACUUCACAACUGUUAUAAAGCCAUAAAAAACUGACAAUUAAGGAAUUGAUUUAUGUUUAAUUUUGAAGUUAUAAAACUUUUGUAUAUCUACAUUAUAGGACUGGGUAAGAAAACUUCUAGUUGGUAAUAUUAAGAAAUGUAUAACAUUAUAAGUGUAUGUAGGUACAAUAACGGAAUUAGAGAAUGUUAAGAACUUAUGUUAAUUAAGUGUCUGUGUAUUUGUAUAACAUUUUUAAUAGAGUAUAAGGUUUUAACCAUUGUUUUUACUACAAAUAAAUCUUGAUGGAUA